GGUCGUCCACCUUCUCCUACCUCCUCAGGCCUCCUCCCUCCUCUGAACUAACCACCUACAACAAGUUUGACAGCUCAGCUCUUUUGUGCUCACACAUUUAGCUCCGCAGCAACACUCAGCCGGACCCACUUCCACUGGCUUUUUUACUUUUUCCUCAUUUUCCCUGCCUUUACAGUCUUCUCAGUUUGCUUGGUAUGUGUGCGUCUUGCGUCUCCUGCUGGCUAUGAGGAAUUGUAUGAGUCCGUAGGUUAGGGCACUUUUCCCUUUUGUGGUCGGCGUUGUGGUAUUAUUUAAUCUUUUUUUUAUUAUUAUUUUUGGGAGCGUCGAAAGGGGAGAUAACUUCACCAUGUCGAGGUGUGCGGAGGAGGUGAACAAGCUCACUGAAAGUACAUACAAGAAUGUAAUGGAACAGUUCAACCCAGGACUGAGGAACCUGGUCAACUUGGGGAAGAACUAUGAGAAGUCAGUCGCAGCCAUGACCCUGGCAGGGAAGCUGUAUUUUGAUGCAAUGUCUAAGAUUGGGGAGAAUGCUGCAGUGUCUCCAGUCUCCAGAGAGUUAGGUGUAGUGCUGAUGGAAAUCUCAGAAGUCCACAGGAAAGUCCAUCUUGAGCUGGAGGAAAACUUUAAGAGGUUCCACAGGGAGAUAAUAGCAGAGCUGGAGAAAAAGACUGACAUGGAUGUCAAAUACAUGACAGCAACCUUUAAAAGGUACCAGAUGGAGCACAAGAUGAAGCAGGAUUCUCUGGAGAGAUCGCAGUCAGACCUGAAGAAACUGAGGAGGAAGAGUCAAGGCAAGAAUGCCAACAAGUAUGAGAGCAAGGAGAGUGAGUGCCUGGAAACCUUGACGAGCCGUCAGAUGGACAUGCAGUUGUUUAUCGCAGAUGGCUGUAAGGAGGCCUUACUGGAGGAGAAGAGAUUCUGUUUCUUAGUGGACAAGCACUGCAUGUUCUCUUACCAAAUCACUUCUUUUCAUGACAAGGCCAGAGACAUUCUGUCGGCAAAGCUGAGCAGCUGGCAGGACCAGUGCAACGAUGCCACCAACAUGCCUGAAAGCAUCUUGACAAUGAUCGAGGGACUACGCACGCCAGUGUCCAUCACACCGAUGCCCUCUCCCUCCCCAUCACGACACAGCGUGAACAUAGUCGAUCCUCCAGCUCCAUCUCAGAAGGCUCAGACCAGCCCACUGGUUAACAUGUUCAACCAGGAGAACAAUACUUCCCGCAUACACACCACUACCAACAAUAGCACAGACCAUGGGAACAGCGAUGACAGCAAUCUAGGCAGAUCUGUGUCUGUCGCCACAGGACUCAACAAUAUGGUGAAGAGGCCACGUGUACGCACCAUCUUCCCUCACACUGCCGGCAACAACAGCACACUGUUAAGCUUUGAUGAAGGGGACGUUAUUAUCCUUCUCAUUCCUGAUGAGAGAGAUGGGUGGAUGUACGGAGAACUGGAGAAGAACGGAAAGUAA